AUGGGAUCCCAAACCAAAGACACUACGAGCAAUGAUGCUUUGGGUGACCAGAUUGAUCAUCUCAUUCCGUCAAAUGAAGGUCCUUGGUGGACACAACGGCAUCUUCUUCGUCUGAAUUUCAUCAUUCUUUCAUUGGUGCUGUACUCAUCUGCCAACGGGUAUGACGGAUCUCUGAUGAACGGCCUCGAGGCUUUGGAUCAGUGGAAGCUCUUCAUGGACCAUCCUACCGGUCCCUGGCUCGGUUGGAUUAAUGCCAUCUACUGGCUUGGAUGUGGCGUCGGAUACCCAACGGCCUCCUGGAUUGCCAAUCGCUACGGGCGGAAGCCCGGAGUCUACGUGGCUUAUAUCUUCUUAAUCCUCGGCAGCGUCCUCCAAGCAGCAGCACCAAACGACAAGGCGUUCCUACUUGCUCGCCUAUUUUUAGGUUUUGCUUCGGCUCUGUUUGGUAACGCCGUUCCCCUGUUGAUCAAUGAAAUUGCCUACCCAACCCACCGCGGUAUUCUCAGCUCUCUUUUCAUGUCGGGUUGGUACGUCGGUGGAACAGUUGCUGCGUGGGUUGUGUUCGCUUCGCGCACAUACACGUCCGAUUGGUCCUGGCGACUUCCAUCUGUGUUACAAGCACUGAUUCCUCUUGUUGCUCUGCCGGGCUUUCUGAUGGCGCCAGAAAGUCCUCGCUGGUUGGUUUCGGUCGACCGCGAGGAAGACGCUUUAGCAGUCCUCGCACAGCACCAUGCUGCAGGCAAUACUUCUUCGCCUCUGGUCAAUUGGGAAUACCAGCAGAUUCUCACAACCAUUCGCGCUGAAAAGGAGGCGAGUAAGAACGGUUCUUAUGCGGAGAUGUUCAAGACCCCUGGUAACCGCCGUCGUCUGAUGAUCUCAGUCACUUUGGGCUUUUUCGCUCAGUGGGUUGGCAAUGGAGUUAUUUCAUACUACCUUUCUCUUAUUCUGACCUCGGUCGGGGUGACAAACGUUCGAGACCAGACACUCAUUUCUGCUUGUCUGCAGAUGUGGGAUCUAGCAUUUGCCGCUCUCGGAGCGUUCUUAAUUGAUCGACUGGGACGUCGCCCACUUUUCAUGGCCUCGGCUGUCAUUAUGUUUGUGAGCUAUGUAAUGGUCACAGCUCUUUCUGGAUCUUUCGCAACAACGGGUGAUGUUGCGACUGGUGGUGCCGUUAUUCCCUUCCUCUUCAUUUUCUUCGCAGGAUAUUGCGUUGCUCUAACGCCUUUCUUGACCUCCUACCCCUGCGAAAUCUGGCCGUAUCGCUUGCGAGCCCGUGGCCUGACUGUGACUUGGGUCGCCACCAUUGUCGGCAUGUUUUUCAACACAUUUGUGAAUCCGAUUGCGCUGGAUGCUAUUGCUUGGAGGUAUUAUAUUGUCUUCAUUGUCGUCUUGAUGGCAUUUGGUGUCACUGCAUACUUCUUUUAUCCCGAGACCAAAGGCUAUUCGCUGGAGCAGAUAGCCGUGAUUUUCGAUGGCCCAAAUGCCUUGGUGGGAGGUAGUCCUGAUCAUAAAUCAUCCGUGGAAGAUUGUGAGGAUGCAAAGUCUGGCUCAUCAACCGUCCACAACGAACUAGCCUGA